AUGGAGGUACUACAUGCUCGAGUGAAAACAACUGAGGGUUGGUCAGGACAACGAAAAGCAGCUCGACGUGUCGUUGUUUUUGCCGUUGGAUGGAUGGUUUGCGUGAGUCAGAUCCCGUCCGCUACUCCUGUCGAGAAGGGCCCAUCGCGAUAGAUUUGAGGUCUGAUGAUGACACACACGGAGUGGUGGGUGAUUGUUGGCGGGCAUGGGGUGUGCGGGUGUUUGUAUUUCUCCGUGGGGAUGGCUGUGUUAUUCUGGCGCUGGCGGUUCGGUGUAGAAUAAGCGACAGCCUUGGUUUUUUUGUGUGUAAAGAACGGACGUGCGUGGCUAAUGAAGGGCAGUAGGAGAUCGACGUCGUCCUGCGCGAGCCAUUUAUCCACACUUCAGACUUGUAGUCGGAUUUUUGUCUUUGAUGGGCGUUGGCGCUAUUCGCACUCAGCAAUGGGGGCGGACAAGGCUGAGCGUCGUGUGUUAAUUGUUGUUGUUAUUAUCUUCCCCUGGUUCCAUAUGUCUAAAGCGUUUCCGUAAGCACGUUGGGUGGUAAUAUGUGGUUUAGUCUAGUCAUUAUUUCUAAGCAGUUAUCUCAUUUCUUCUUCUCUGUCGAAGCUUCAGCUUUGUGUGUUGAGCAAAAAAAGAAGAAGCCGGAGGAGGACUAGUCUAUGUAAUAUUGCUAGCAGGCUUAUUUUGUCGUGUUUUUUGCCAAGAAGAGGAGGAGAAGCGUGGGCUGCCCCUGCUGCUAUGGUUGUACCCUGAGAUUCCCACGACUGACUCUCUUCUCUCUCUCUCUCUUGCUCGCUGUACAUCGUUGCGUGUGUUUUUGGCCCCUUCUCGACCGUUGGGUGUUGAUUGACAGCGCAUUGUAGUCGCAUUUGUUUUUUAUACAUCGAUCCCUGCAGCCAGCAGGUACAAUGGUGUUUCCCCUCGUGCUCAUUGCAGCAGGACUACUACUGGUGGUGUAGUAUCCGUUUGGUGGGCAGGAGGAAAUUUGCG